AUGGAACAACUGGACAGCAAAGCUCAUGUGGCUGUUGCCCCCACUUAUGUGGCUGACAUCCUCGCUAGGCACGACCACCUUACUGCUACUCCUCCGACUUUAACCGUCGUCUCAACCACUCUAACACCUCCGCCUCCAGGUAACUUUGGCAAGGCUUUCCAUGCCCAUGAUACCCGAGAUACAGGGGGGCUUUAUUAUGUGGAUGAUGUAGCAACUAGUCGGGUUCUUCGUGCUAGUAGCGCCGAAACUUCUCAGCAUCGUCGGAUUUGGUUGUUACAUUACCGAUUUGGUCAUGCCUCAUUUGGAUAUUUACGGCAUUUGUUUCCUGCAUUAUUUUGUGGUGUCAACGAGUAUGCUUUCCAAUGUCAGACUUGUAUUUUAGCUAAGAGUCAUCGGGUAUCCUACUCUCCAAGUUGUAAUAAACGACUUAUGCCAUUUGAUUUAGUUCAUUCUGAUGUUUGGGGACCUUCCUCGGUUUCUACAGCCUUGGGAAAUGAGGUUGCUAAACGUAAAAAUGGGCAGAUCUUUGCUGUUGUCUGUGCUCUGCUGCUUGGUGCGUCAGUUCCAAAGCGGUUCUGGAUGGAUGUUGUAUUGACCCAUCAUAUCUCUGUCUCUUCUAUGCUGACUAUGUCUCCAAAGGUGUUCAGUUGUGUCGUCUAUGUUCACCUCCAUCAAAAUCAAAGGAGUAAGCUGGACCCAUGUGCUCUCCGCAGUGUUUUUCUGGGUUUCUCUCCUCAUCAGAAAGGCUACCGAUGCUAUCAUCCUGCAACCCGACAUCUAUAUGUCUUUAUGGAUGUUACUUUUAUUGAGGAUGAAAUGUUCUUAUAUGAUAUACCUAAGCAUGUCCUUCAGGGGGUGACUAGUAGUGAAGGACAUAACUGGCUAGAUUUACAGGGGGGAGUAGUACUGGAUAGUUUGAUACAAAGGGAAGAACCGGCCGAACCUGCUGAACCUGCUACACCGCACGAACUUGCUACACUAGCUGAACCUGUCAUUUUAACUAAUGUCACUACUGUCACUAAACCGAUUGCCCCCAUGAAGCUUAUCUAA